UAGUGGAGUUCUUCAGUUUUGGUCCUCAUCAGGAGGUGCCUGCUCUAAUUCUUGGCAUGCAGCAUUCGUGUUUGACAUAAUUAUAGGUACAAGCAACUUUGAUUGACGUGAGUGUGCUGUUUUUCUAGCUAGGAUCUCUUCGUCAUUGGCGUUCGCCUAGGUAUUCGUGGCGGGGGUGUGUGGGAUAUGGGAACGCUGCUGCGCGCACUGAUUCCAAGAGGUCACGAUAGACCCAUAUCACGUCUUGCCCACCGUACUGGCCAACAAAAUGAACGGAAGAAGAGGCGAAGAAAGAGGGUGCAAGCAAACUUGUGCACGCAUGCACGUGCAAACCAGCACUCUUUCCGACUCCCAGUAAGCAAGAAGCCACAUACUUCCUAGCUAAGUAAGGAAGGUGCAACCAAGCAAGCACAUUAUUAUGAUGAUGUUGUAUUUUCGAUUUCUAUGAUUUAGUUCUUUGAAUAUUUUUCCUAGUAUGCUUCUGAAAUUGCGAAAUGACUAAAGUUGCGACACUGAAUUAUGUUUCGAAAGAAUGAGGAAGGAAAAUUAUACCAAGGUAGGUGACUCCCCGACUGACGCAGCAGAGCUCUCGACACUCUCUUAUUUUCAGACGCACAUAGGCCAUAAUUUGAUUUUCGAUCAUCUCAACUAAAGAAAAAGAACUGAUGAAAAGUGCUACUCGAGGAAGAAGUACGAGAUGACCACGUGGUCGUGUAGAAUACUGAUUCUAGUUGUCUGUUCUUGUCCCGUCUUCCUCCAUCUACCAUGAAUACAACAACUUCUUGGUAUUUGCUAUCAACAACUUCCUGAGCUUCUUAUUUCGUCAUCGAUAUUACUACUUCGUCAGAAAAAUAACAUCAACAAUACUAGAAAAUCACCUCUGUUCCAGCAAAGGGCUUUGAAAAAGAGGAACCAACAAAAUAGUGCGGGCAUAUGCAGUAGAUCCAUCUGCAAGGAAAAGUAAAGGCUAGGGUGGCGCAAAUGCCUGACCGUUGAUGAGCAGUAUAGCGAUCAUUUACAAUACGAGAUGAAAAAUGACUAACGAGUAUUCUUGGACAAGUAGAGAUUUAAUGAAGAUGGCAACUUCGACCUCGUAAUUCGUCCCGUCCCUUUGAUACCCUGAAUGACCCCCUUGCUCCCUGUAUCCCAGAUUUUCGCUCUAUGUGACCCCUCUCCUCAGAGGCUUUGCAAGAUCAUUUUACGGUAAAAGUGUGGAUAGCGGGUUAUUGCCCUUUCUUCACAU